AUGCGUUGGCUUCCAUCUCUCCUAGGAGCCAUUGCUCUUCUUCCUCUUUCUGAAGCCACUUCAUGUUGGCGUAACACCACCUGUUCCGGCCCUACAACUGCCGCCUUUCCAGGUUCGUGGGAGAAAAACAUCUUCGCUCCGGCUUCUCGAACCGUGAACCCAGAAACGCUCUUCUUGGUCACCAAGCCAGAUGUCACGCAUGAGUAUGCCCAGUAUAAGCUCCAGGGGAAUGGAUCCCUGGUGGUCUACGAUUUCGGAAGGGAAGUAGGUGGCAUUGUCACGGUGAAGUAUACCUCCACAGGUAGUGGAGCCCUGGGACUGGCAUUUACCGAGGCCAAGGACUACAUUGGUGAAUGGUCCGACUCCUCCAAUGGAGGGUUCAAAGGUCCCGAUGGCGCGUUGUAUGGGAACUUUACUGAAGCGGGCGAGCAUUCGUAUACAAUGCCUGACAAGUACCUUCGUGGUGGAUUUCGGUACCUGACGCUGUUCUUGAUCACGGACAACUCGACUGCAGUUCAGAUCAAGGACGUGAGCCUGGAAAUUGGCUUUCAGCCCACAUGGUCUAAUUUGAGAGCCUACCAAGGAUACUUCGAUUCUAGUGACGACCUGCUGAAUGCCAUCUGGUACAGCGGCGCCUACACGCUGCAGACCAACGAGGUCCCCGUCAACACCGGUCGCCAGAUUCCAGCGAUGCCUGCUGGAUGGGCUAACAACGCCACGUUGGGGCCUGGUGACACCAUCAUUGUCGACGGUGCGAAGAGAGAUCGAGCUGUGUGGCCAGGCGAUAUGGGCAUUGCGGUUCCGUCCGCCUUUGUUAGCAUCGGUAACUUGGAGAGCGUCAAAAACGCACUGCAAGCCUCGACAGGAGCGUUCGAUGAAUCAGGACCUCCCCUUAGCCAGAAGAACUCGGACACCUACCACAUGUGGUCAAUGGUUGGCACCUACAAUUACCUAUUGUAUACCAAUGAUACCAGUUUCCUCGAGACCAAUUGGGCUGGCUACCAGAAAGCCAUGGAGUAUAUCUAUGGCAAGGUGACCUACGCCAGUGGCUUGCUCAAUGUCACCGGUACCCGCGACUGGGCCAGAUGGCAGCAGGGGUAUAACAACACUGAGGCGCAGAUGAUCCUGUACCACACCCUCAAGACAGGAGCCGAGCUUGCCACCUGGGCAGGUGACACCACUGGUCUGUCGGACACCUACACCACCCGGGCGGAGAAGCUGCGGGAGGCCAUCAACGAGUACUGCUGGGACGACUCGUACGGAGCGUUCAAAGACAACGCAACCGACACGACUCUUCACCCGCAAGACGCAAAUAGCAUGGCCCUGUUGUUUGGCGUAGUCGACUCCAAGCGCGCUGCUAGCAUUUCCGAGAAACUGACCGAGAACUGGACACCCAUCGGUGCCGUGGCCCCCGAGCUACCGGAGAACAUUUCACCGUUCAUCUCGUCCUUCGAGAUUCAGGGCCACUUUACCGUGGGCCAGCCCGCUCGAGCUCUGGAGCUGAUCCGGCGAAGCUGGGGAUGGUAUUACAACAAUGAGAACGGUACCCAAAGCACAGUCAUUGAAGGAUACCUGCAGAACGGCACGUUUGGCUACCGGUCAAGCCGUGGAUACUACUACGACACGGCGUACGUCUCCCACGCGCACGGCUGGUCUUCUGGACCCACGUCGGCCCUGACAAACUACAUCGUGGGCCUGACCGUCACCUCCCCGGUGGGGGCAACCUGGAAACUCGCGCCGCAAUUCGGAGAUCUGGAGACCGCCCAGGCUGGGUUCACGACUUCGCUGGGCCAGUUCCAGGCAUCGUGGACGAAGCAAUCGAAUGAGUACAGCCUGCAGUUUACCGUUCCGAAGGGGACGACGGGAAGUCUUGCUCUCCCCUACCUCAAUUCCAAGAAGCCAACGAUCACGAUCGACGGCAAGAAGAUCACCAAGGGCGUGAGCUAUGCCAAUAACACGGCAACGGUAGCGGUGGCCAGUGGAGGAAGCCACAAAGUGGUUGUGAAAUAGC